ACUAUUCUACCAUUCCUCUCUCCCUCUGAACUCAGUUCUCUCAACAAGCUAUCCUCCCUUUGCUCCUUCGCAUAGGGGAGAUCUCAUGGCUUCAACCAAGACUUCCAUUCCUCUUGCUUAUGUCAUCUGGAUUGGGUUCUUUCUUUUCUCUGGAUCCGUGCAAAGAUGCCUCUGUUUCAGUGGAAAUAGUUCCAAGUCAGGAAGCUGCAUAGAGAGGGAAAGGAAGGCUCUUCUAAGCAUACAAAAGGGCAUCUAUGAUGCCCACAAAUGGCUCUCUUGGAAUGGAAAAGAUUGCUGCAGAUGGAGAGGAGUUGGAUGCGACGCCAUGACCGGACAUGUGGUAAAGCUUGACCUCCACUACCCUUAUCCAUAUGAUGUUGGAUAUCCUGACAAUCAUCGUCCUAACAAAAGCGAGGUAAGUCCUUGUCUACUUCACCUGAGACAUUUGAAUUAUUUGGACUUAAGCAUGAACUAUUUUGGUGGUGUCUCAAUCCCUGACUUCAUUGGAUCUCUUGCCACCUUGGAGUAUCUAAAUCUCUCUAAUGCUGGGUUUGGUGGAAUAAUCCCUCACCAACUUGGGAACCUUUCAAACUUGCUCUAUCUUGAUCUCACUUCAGAUAAUCUAUACUCUUUGGAUGUUGAUAACCUUAGCUGGUUAGCUCAGAUCCGUUUCUUGCAGCAUCUUGACCUGAGUGGUGUCGACCUCUCAAAAGCAUCCAAUUGGAUUCAUGUGAUCAAUAUGCUCCCUUCUCUUUCUGUGCUACGUCUGUCUAUUGCUAAUCUUUCUAGCCUUCCCUCUAUUCUACCCUAUGUUAAUUUCACUUCUCUUACCACACUUGAUCUCUUUGGGAACAACUUUGCAUCAAGCAUACCCGGCUGGAUGUUUAAUCUUAGCAGCCUUGAAUAUCUCAAUCUUGGGCUCAAUCAUUUCCAUGGCAAUAUACCACUUACCAUCGGGAAUCUCAAGAAGCUUCAAGUCCUAGAUCUCUCAAUGAACGGCUUCGGUGGAGAAAUCCCAAAAACGCUGUGGAGUCUCAAGAACUUGCGGUCAAUAGAUUUGCAUCAGAAUAGUAUCAGUGGGGGUAUAUCGGAAACUGUGGGGAAUCUCAAAAGCUUGGAGUCCUUGGACCUCAGCGGAAACCGUAUCAGUGGUGAAAUACCAAAGACCAUUGGGAGGCUUACAAAGUUGCGGUCUCUAGGGUUGGGUGAGAAUAAUAUUAGUGGAGUGAUCCCAAGAUCUAUUGGGAACCUCACAGGCCUAAGAUACUUUUAUGCAAAUGCCAACAAUAUCACAGGAAGGAUACCAGAAACUAUAGGUAAUCUCAAAUACUUGGUGAUUUUGGACCUGUCAUCUAAUAUCAUCAAAGAAGGGUUACCAGAAAGCAUUGGGAACUUGCACAACUUAUGGGCACUAUAUCUAUCUAACAAUCAAAUUAGUGGAGAGAUACCAGGAACCAUAGGGAAUCUUGGUGAGUUGCGCAGGUUAUAUUUAUCAAACAAUGUUAUCAACGGGCAAAUACCAGAGGCAGUCGGAAAUCUCCAUCAGUUGGAAGAGUUACUUUUGGAUAACAACACUAUAGCUGGUGUGAUACCUAGAACAGUGGGCAAUCUUUGCAACUUGCACAACCUUGACGCUUCUGAAAACAAUAUAGGUGGAGAGAUCACAGGAUUCAUGGAAGGAUUCUCGAGAUGCAGCCCUAAUAGAUUGCGAUAUGCUGAUUUGCAUGACAACAAUGUUAGUGGUCCUUUGCCUAGCCAAAUAGGGAAACUCCAAAGUUUGGAAUCUCUUAAUCUUGGUGUUAAUUCAUUGAAUGGUUCAAUUCCUGCAUCACUAGGGAAGUUAUCUUCCCUAUCCGAGCUGAAUCUCACAUCAAAUUUCUUGGUAGGAGCGCUGAUGGAAGCCCACUUUGCCAACCUUACAAGCUUAACAAUUUUGGAUCUGUCUCAUAACUCAUUGACAACAAAUGCGAGUCAAGAUUGGCUUCCUCCGUUUAAAGCAACAGAAAUCAGAAUGGGAUCUUGUCCACUGGGGCCCAAAUUCCCUCCAUGGCUUCGGAACCAGACUGAUUUGUCUAUAUUAGACAUAUCCAGUGCAGGAAUAUCAGAAAAUUUCCCUGAUUGGUUUUGGGACAUGUGUUUGUCUGACUUCUUUCUUAAUGCCUCCCAUAAUCAUAUGAAAGGAAAGCUACCAGGCUCCUUGGAUUGUUUUUGGAUAGAUGGCAUUGAUUUGAGCUACAACAGCUUUGAAGGUCACAUACCUCAAAUGAAUCCCAUGCUAACAUUAAUGGAUCUCUCCAACAAUUUAUUCUCUGGACCUAUUCCCCCAGACUUGGCUGGUGGUGUUGACUAUCUCUACAUUCUACUUCUUUCCCACAACAGAAUCAAUGGUAGCAUCCCAUCAGCCUUUUGUGAGGCAAAUCAUCUAAAGGUUCUCAAUCUCGCCGAUAAUGAUUUAUCAGGAGUUUUGCCUGACUGUUGGAACAAUUCAUUAGUUUUGAGUGUCAUUGAUUUCUCAGACAACAGAUUGUCAGGAGGCAUUCCUAGCUCAAUGGGAUCUCUCAGUCAGCUCAAUUCUCUACAUCUGAGAAACAACAACCUAUCUGGUAAAAUUCCUUUGUCUUUACAACAGUGCAAACAGUUGAUUACUCUUGACCUUGGCAAUAAUAUGUUGUCAGGUGGCAUACCUAAAUGGAUUGGAGAGAGUCUCUCAUCAUUAAAGGUUCUCCGUCUGCGAUCAAAUAUGUUGGAUGGUAAUAUUCCUAUGAACCUUUCACUGCUUGCUUCCCUUCAAGUGUUGGACCUUGCUGACAACAAUCUUUCUGGAACUUUGCCACCAUCAUUUGGUAAUUUCAGAGCCAUGAUUGUGAUACAAAAUGAGAGCAAAUCCGUUCUUUCUGAAGAUGUGGCCUCCUAUUACACUGAGAAUCUCCUGAUAACCAUGAAAAGUAUUGAAGUCACAUUCACUACCGUGCUCUCACUUGUGACAAGCUUAGACCUCUCAGACAACAACAUUUCUGGACAGAUUCCUGAAGAGUUAACAAACCUUCAUGGACUUCAUUUCUUGAAUUUAUCAGGGAAUCAUUUGACAGGAAGGAUUCCAAAAAAUAUUGGUGCCAUGGGGCAGUUGGAGUCACUUGAUUUGUCGAUGAACAACCUAUCAAGCGCAAUUCCAACAAGCAUCUCAGAUCUGAAUUUUUUGGAGCAUCUGAACUUGUCCUACAACAAUCUGUCAGGAAGAAUUCCAUCUGGCAACCAACUUCAAACCUUAAUAAAUGAUCCAUCCAUCUACAUUGGCAAUCGGUAUCUUUGUGGACAGCCACUGCCUGAAAAAUGCCUCGGCGAUGAACCAGCAGGGGGCCCAACAGCUGAAAAAAAUUCAGAAAUGAUAUGGUUCUAUGUUAGCUUGAGUCCGGGAUUUGUGGUUGGCUUCUGGGGUUUUCUUGGUGCAGUGAUGAUCAAAAAGAGCACAAGGUAUGCUUAUAUCCGAUUCAUUGACAGGUUAUGUGAUUGGAUUUAUAUGGCUACAACAAUAAAUUCUUCUAAGCCAAAGUCCAAGAGAAACCGAGGACGCGUGUAACCCAGUUGCAGAGUCGGAAUGCUCCCCCCUUGUAUGUGGUUCAGGUUGACUUGAUGGUUCUUUGAUGCGUCAUGCAUGAACGAUUGGUAGAAAUAUGGAUUAUUAGAAUAAAUAGAAAUGCUUGGAAACCAUUUAAAUGGUUUAGUUA